AAACAAACCCCACGUUAGGCAUGGCGUCUAUGGCUUGCGGCCCACCACCACCACUCCCCCCUUCCACGAAUCCACCGUCCUUCUCACUCACAGACGUCACUUAUCCCACUUGCUCCCCUCUCCUUCCCCCCACCCCCACUUUUAUCCUCCAUCCAUCCCCCCAUCUCUCUCCAGUCUCCACUGUAUAUAAUAUAAAGCUACUCAUAUAACCAAAUACUCUACCCUCCUCUCUCUCUCUCUAUCCUCCGACAGUUCUUAUAACUGUCCGAGCUAUUCGGGUCAGUUUACGCACAAUCUCAAAUGGCCUUAGUACGAGACCGUCGCCAUCUGAGUCUCCAACUCCCCUCACAGGAUAUCCUCCCGCGCUUCCCUCUACCCCUCCCUCCCACCACCACCUCCCACUCCUCCGCUACCGCCUCUGCGGCGGACUUCGAGAAGCUUCAAGUCCUCGGCCACGGCAACGGUGGCACGGUCUACAAAGUCCGCCACAAGCACACCUCCAAAACCUACGCCCUCAAGCUAGUCCGCACCAACCUCGACCCCGCCCUCCACCGCCAGGUCCUCCUCGAGCUGGAAAUCCUCCGCCGCGCCACGGACUCCCUGCACGUGGUCCAGUCCCACGGCACGUUCGAGAAGCCGAACGGCGACGUGGCUAUCCUGCUGGAGUACAUGGACGCCGGGACUCUAGACUGCCUCCUGAAAACCGCCGGGACCUUCUCCGAGGACGCCAUCGCCGCCGCGGCGAGGCAGAUCCUCGGCGGCCUCGACUACCUCCACUCGCGCAAGAUCGUGCACCGGGACAUCAAGCCGGCGAAUCUCCUGGUAAACAAGAAGAUGGAGGUGAAGAUAGCGGAUUUCGGCGUGAGCAAGAUUAUGCGCCGCACGCUUGACCCGUGCAAGUCGUACGUCGGCACGUGCGCGUACAUGAGCCCGGAGCGGUUCGACCCGGAAGCUUACGGGGGGAACUACGACGGGUACGCCGGGGACAUAUGGAGCUUCGGGUUGACGUUGAUGGAGCUCUACAUGGGUCGCUUCCCGUUCCUGGAGUCGGGCCAGAGACCCGACUGGGCAACGCUGAUGUGCGCGAUAUGUUUCGGGGAGCCGCCGGGGCUGCCGGAGAGCGCGUCGGCGGAGUUCCGGAGCUUCAUCGGGUGUUGUCUUGAGAAGGAGUCGGGGAAGAGGUGGACGGCGGCUCAGCUCCUGACCCACCCGUUUGUAUCGGGUUUGCCCGAAAAUCAAGGGGCAAAGAAAUAUUGACCCGAAAAAUAGAUCCGUAUCCACUAUCAAUUGGAUCUUCUUGUUGAAAUCAAUUUGGAGGUUGUACAUACAUGAGGGAUUUUUAGCCAUUUGUUGAUUAGAUAAGAACUUUAGAGCGUUCUUUAGUUAAGGAACCGGAUAUGCAGCAUCUCGGUGAUAUUCUUACAAACCAAAUUAAAUGUACAUUGGGUAAUAUAUGAUAUCAUCGCGUUAUGGUGUUCCUAAUUAUCCCAUAAAUCGAUCAAAUUUGUUUAUCCA